UUUUUUUUCUGGCUUUACACCGAGACUUUUGGAUCUUCACGUCCACCACCCACAUCCACCGACCUUUUACCUCACCAUCAGGGCGAGCCAACGCAAGGAACCCUGCAAUUGAAAAUUUCGACAUCUUCUCGACCCAAUCCCAACAAUGGCUGAUCAAUCCGCUGCCUGGCCCCUGGCCGACGAUGCUCUCCAGCAGGAGAUCCUGGACUUGGUCCAGCAGUGCCAGCACUACCGUCAGCUGAAGAAGGGCGCCAACGAGGCCACCAAGACCCUCAAUCGUGGUGUCUCCGAGCUCAUCAUCUUGGCCGCAGAUACAAACCCGCUCUCGAUUGUUCUUCACCUGCCCCUUCUUGCCGAGGACAAGAACGUCCCCUAUGUUUACGUCAAGUCUAAGACCGCCCUUGGCCGUGCCUGCGGUGUUUCCCGCGCCGUGAUUGCUGCCAGCAUCACCUCCAACGAGGGCAGCGAGCUCGCCGGACCCAUCCGCGCUCUCCGCGACAAGGUCGAGAGACUUGCCAUCUAAGAUACCCCACGAUGUAGGAUGUUGGGUGGCGUUUAUGCGGUAGCUUGGAGGUGCUACAAAACGGUUUGGAAUGGAAAAAUCUGAAUUGUUCAUAUGUGCCGACUAGUUAUUCCUGGGCUGAGGUUACCUACCCAACAGCUUUUCCCUUUCUGCCGCGACGGCGCCAUCAUCAUGAAAAUGACGAUGCUGCUGAUCUCGCAGUAGACUGCUUUAGGGUAGCGGUUCCUAGAAAACCAUCAAUAAAUGUUGUCGAAAAUAAUUAAAAUAUUGAAUAUGCAAUGUUCCCAGGUUUUGCAUCAAAUGGGUGUCUGAGUCGGGACGAGCUACUGCAGUAUCGGUAGUGCA